GUAAAUAGAAAAAGAAUAAAUUCAACAUAUUCAACAUCGACGACAUCAAUGAUGUAGUAGACGUGAACCAGUGUAAAUUUAUAUUGAAUAGGUGAAGAUUAAUAACAUGUCAUUUGUCAAACAUAUUUUUUGAAAAAGUUGUCAAAAUUUAUAAAUCAGCAUGACUCAUAUUAAUAAUGUGUUUAAAGCCGUAGAAACAUUAAACUCACUGCGAGAUUCUAAUAUUGUAUCAGAUCCCGGAACAAGGAAAGAGAAAAUAUCAUGUUGUACAAUUAUCGUUGAAGGAAUAUGUUCUUCAACUGUCAGACAAAAUCUCAAGUUUCCACAAAUUCUUACUGUUACCAUUGAAACAUUGCUGGCAUUGUGUAAUGAUGAGGAAUCAGAUAUCAGGAUAAUUGCAGAUGAGUCCCUCAAUAAAAUUAUAAGGGUAGUUGUUGAUAGUAAUAUUGUUAAAGUUCAGAUAGAACUUUAUAAUGAAAUAAAAAGAAAUGGACCUGCACGUAUAAUGAGGGCUGCUUUGUGGAGGUUUGGUUUGUUAAGUCAUAUGAUACGUCCCUCAAGAGGUAAAGCAUAUGUAUCAAAUUUGAUACCAUGCAUAGUUAUCAUUGCACGUCGAUCUGAGGAUAUAGUAAUUGAAACAUUAUCGCAGUCGUUACCAUUGAUUUUAAAAGUAUUAGGACCAUUUAUGACAGACAAAGAUGUCAAGAUAUUACUAAAAGUAUUCUUUGAGAAUAUCUCUUCUACUCAAGCAGUUUUUCGUAGAGCAGCAGCAAACAUGAUUCUGACAACAUGUAUAAACUGUAGAAAACCACAAUAUUUUUUAAAUUAUGUGUUAAAUUAUUUAUUAGAUGUAAUUAUGCCCGCAAGAAGUAUUGAGUCGUCUACUAUUAUAGGCAUAUUUGGAUGCCUAAGAGUCAUCUUACCUCAUAUAUGUAAACCUUUAGAGCCUGAAGAUAUUGAAACACAGCAAAUAGAUAAUCUUUUACGUAUAUAUGAAUUAUGUUUGCAUUACACAAAAUGGCAUUCUGAGCAUAACAUUGUAAAUGCAGUUUUAGAAACUUUGGUACAACUUUUGAAAAUGCCUCCAAAAUCUUUGGUAUCUGUUUUAUUGUCAUCACAAGGCAUAACUCAGAGCAAAAUAAUAUUAAAUCAAAUGUCCACUUCAUUAUUGGGUCAAUUGAGUAUUUCUAGUACAAGCACUGUUCAUGAUGGAAAUUCUGAUUCAGUUCUGAGCCUACACGAAAUGGAUGUUCCAAAGAUUACUUCAAACAUAGAUAAGUGGAUUGUAGAAGCAGAAACUAUAUCACCAGAUAUGCACAAUUUACAACCACAAAAUGAAUGUACAAAUGACAUAAUAGAAAUGAAAGGGAAGAUAAUGGAAAAUUAUUGUGGCCUGAAGAUCGGAAUUAUUGAUAAUGAGGUUGUUGAGGAAGGUAGUGAUGUCGGAAGUGAGAUUGAAAAAUCAGAAAAAGCACCAUAUUCAAGCUUGUUGAAUGAUCAAACAAAAGAAGAGGAUUACUCUGAAGAAACUACUGUAUCAUUCGCUUCUCCCAAAAAGUCUUCUGUGGAUUUCAUAUUGUAUGAGACGGAUAUUGGAAGUUUUACAGACUCAGAUAUGCCUGUCAAGUUUUGUUGUCGCUAUUUAGUAUCGUCCUUUUUAUUAGCCGGCAAAGCUGAGCAUUUAAUGCCAGACAAAUUGUUCCGUGUUAGUGUAAAAUCUCUUGCUCUAACAUGCGUGGGUUACAUCUUGAAGCUCUAUCCACACUUGCUUACGAUGACUGUGAUCAAAGAAUCUAGCUGCUGCAAUGAAAACAACCAAUUAAUUGCAGACAUCUUGUUAUUUGCCAAUCAUCCAGAUCCUCAGAUCAGGGGCAAUAUAGCGAUGGUGAUCGGAAUUUGUUUAAAGUCCGUCUUUGUUCAAUACGGUGGCUCUUUUGAGAAGUUUAAAGCUGAGUGCGCAAUUCAAGAAAGACACAAAGACAUAUUACUUGGAGAUAUGAUAAAAUUACUUCUAAACGGUUUGAACGAUGAUUCCGCAACGACGUGUCGUCAAACAUUGGAUGCGUUGAACUUUUGUUUACCGGAAUUAUUGGAUUCUGUCGAUAAUGAACACGGUCUUACCAUCUUAACUGCUUUGCCAAAACUUGUGAAGAAUCCGUAUUUUCUAGUAAAAGUAAAAUUAGUCGAUUUACUGAGUAAAUUGUCAUAUAUUACGAUAGAGCAUAUAACAGGACAAUCAUUAUUUCAAGAACAUUUUAUUGACGCUAUGAUAACAUUAUUAGGCGAUCAAGACCAAAGAGUGAGGCAUGCGGCGUCAGAUGCUAUUGUUAAAAGUAUUCUUUAUUUAUAUUACCGGCAUUCUCAAGAAGAUAGUGUUACAAAGAAGGCGACACAAUAUACUCAGCAAUUUUUGAACUCUGUAACGUCAACUAUUUUAGAACUUUCGUCGUGCCAAGACAAACACAAGCCAUUUGUGAACACGUCCAUCGAACCGUUUGUAUUUUUAAAUCACUAUAAUGGAGCAAAUUACGAUCCCAGCGUGGAAUAUUCUUUGUCUCGCAUAGUUAAUAUUCUGACAGAAAUAUUGACGGUGCAUUCCUCGAAAUAUCUAAUAUACGGUUGCUGCGAGACUCUUUUUCGUUUGAGCGAGACUUAUUCCACUACGGUUUACGUCAGAGGGUGGGAUUGCAUUCUGCCAAAAACAGUGUUGAAAAAAUCUAAAAAGAACGACCGGUCGGAUGCAAGUGACGGCAGUUCCACAAGCGACAUGAUUCCUUCUCCCGUAGGCAGUGGUCUUCUGUCGUUGACGUUGUCUUUGCUAACGUCUUCAGCUAUCAGUCUAGAUCUCUCCACACAUCGGCAUCUAAUCCUCCUUGCUGGAAAUCUGGCUUCCGGAUCAGCUAUCUGUAACUUCAAGACCAACGGUGACCCAACGAAAUUAUGGAGUAUGUGUAAGGACAAUCACAUGGAAUUGUUAUUGACGCAUAUCACACGAGUCCUGCACAUAUUCGUUUACGUAAUUGACGAAGUGCAGAUGCAAGCCAGCGUCAAGCCCGUGUUGUCGUCCUUAUCGUCCGCGCAAACAUUGUCACCCAAGAAGAAAAUCAUGUCGGAACAGAAGUCAAAAGAGAAAGCAGAGAAAAUCGGAGGCUUGAAGAGCGGCAAGGAUCAAAUGGGAACGUUUGUCGGUAUACCGCAUUACAUGAAGAUAUAUGAUAUAUUAAAAGCAGCGCAUGCUAAUUAUCUAGUUACUCUGGAAUAUGAAGCCAGUGAAAUGUAUCUGUCUUUAUUGAAUGCGACGUUGGACGUUCUUUCUCAGAUACUUGAAGUCGCGUCCGUCAACGAAAUAGGCAGAAUAGCGGAAGAAGUGUUAUAUUAUUUGAAAAGCACUGUUACAUUGUCACCGACCGCAACGGUCCAGUGCGUGCAGCAACUGUUGAAAUGUUUAUUUGGCACGAAUGUGUACGCGCAAUGGAGUGAAAUGGACGUGCAGAAGAGUAUGGAUCGGUGUACCACGUUGCAAGAUGACAGGGGCUUUUACAAUCAAUGUUUUCAAUACCCAGCGAGAAAAAUGGCGAGCACGAUCAAAUUUAUCGGAAAUAAUUGUAGAGGUGAAAAUGAACCGGAUAAUGGGUGGAUAGGAUUAUUACGUAGAAAAAGUGACCGCAAAUUUUCGUCGGUAUUUAAAAACUUGGCGCGAUCUUCAGAUCAGAAAGGAUCGGUGGCUUCCUUCAUUCGGCUUUUUGAACCGAUGGUUAUAAAAUCGUUGAAACAGUAUACUGUUACUAGUAACAUCGCGCUGCAAUGCCAAGUUCUGAUGCUAUUGAGUCAACUGGUUCAAUUGAAAGUUAAUUACUGCCUAUUAGACUCAGAUAAGAUAUUCAUCGGAUUUGUUUUAAAACAGUUUGAAUUUAUCGAAGAAGGUCAUAUGCAACAAACCGAGGAGCUUCUACCGAAAAUGUUUAAUUUCCUGGUUCAUCUGUCUUAUGAAAAGAAUCACUCCAAAGCGAUAAUAGGUAUACCAAAGAUAAUUCAAUUAUGCGAUGGUCUGAUGGCGAGUGGGCAGCCAGCAAUUUCGCAUUGCAUACCUGCGCUCGCACCUGUCAUCGAAGAUAUAUUUCUUAUUCGUAACGGUAGUUUGAGUGCAGUCGAGCAGCGGGAAUUAGAAACAACGAGAGAUGUGUUGAUAGCUAUGUUGCUGCGCCUUGUGGAGUAUUAUCAAGUUAUCGAGCUUUUAGCGCUUUGUUUGGCGGAGUCAAGGUUCAGUGGAGACGGUAAUGGAGAAGAGAAAUGGCGCAGAUGGUCCCGAUUAACAAUGGACACCGUGCUUCCGAUACUGGCAACUGGAAAACUCAGGAUAGAAUCUGAAAAGGCUCAUGUAGCACUGGUUAAAUUAUUUGCGGCUAUUUCGCCCACGGUAUUCCGGCCGGUAGAUCCCCUCCUGAGAAUACUGUUCACUGUAUCAGUCUCCCCAUCAGCUUCAACUCUGAAAUUGAAGCGAUGGUUGGGUAUGAUCAAUGUUGUGCUUCUCUCAUUAAUUUCUUGCGCCAAGGAAGAAGCGAUGCUGGCGCGUCUCUCGGAUCUCAGUAUAUGCGUGUCGGAUGUGUCGCAUCUAUUCUCACUGCAGGAAUCUUCCUUUGGGCAUACGGACCCCUUGAACGUAUUAGGGGCUCAAUCGCACCAAAUGCCACCUGAGCAGAUACUGGCCAAAUUCAUAUUCAAAGUGAUUAAUUUGAUAAGCUCGAAAGUAUUUAAUUUGCUUGGUCUGAUAAACCAUAAAUCCGCGGAUCCUUUUGUUGGCUUCUCUGACUACACAGCUGAUGACAACUACUUGGUGCAUCAGUUUGCAUUUUUCUUGCAAUUGUGCAUUCAUAUGUUUGAGUCCGGUAGUCAUUGUAAGGUGGCGAAUGCAACGAUGCAAAUGAUUCAGGGGCGCAACACACCGGACGAGGAGCAACUGCCCAUUGAUCAGCUUAACUAUUUAAUGCUCAGUGUCGGAAACAUGUGUCCGACGGUGAUGUGCCAAUGGGCUUAUUUGAUGAUCUUAUUGGGGUACAACGAGAUGUCCUUCUGGUCGAAAAUAUUGAACAGCAGCGGUAAUACUGACUGUAUCGUACGUAGUUGGUCGAACGAGAAAAAACUGUGUGCUGCAACUAGUAGCAUAAAUAUACAGAUUAUACGAAAAGGAGGCAUUAUACUAUUCUGUGAUUAUAUAUGCGAGAAUCUAAACGAUGUGGAACCACUAACGUGGUUGUUGGUAAAUCACAUAGAGGAGGCUAUUAACAUUGCCACCGAAUCUCCAAUUAGAGAUCUGUUAAGUACGGCUAUACACAGAAAUCCUGCAGCUAGUGGGCUUCUGGUACAAGCUAUCGCAACGAAGUGCAUUGAUCUGUCGCAACCUAGUUUCAUAAAGCGUCUGUUGCAGUGUAUCGAGGGUGCUCAUCAUUCGCAAAGCGGUGCGGUCAUAGUGACCUUAAUACCGAGAUUGUUAUCCACGAAGUAUCUUGCUUUAUCAAGGAUGGCGGCGAAAAUUGCCAGUCGCAGAGUGGAGAUAUUGUUGACCACGAGUGCAGAGGAUGUGAUCAGUCAGUUGUCGAAGGAUGAUAUUGUAAAGAUUAUGGACAAUUUGCAGACGACUAAAUUGGCCAGAAAACAUGGUGGUUUAAUCAGUUUAUUGAACAAGUUGGCUGUGCAGUAUUACGACUUGUCGCCGUUAGAGCCCGAUCAAUGCCGGCCCUUCAAUCCAUCUACUGUAAAGGGCAUUCAGUUGGACCGAAAUUGGUUUUUGUCUCAAGUAAAAUUGCGAUGCUGUCACACAAGCGCCAGCAACAAUCCUAUGGAAUUAGCGCAGUUAUUGAAGGACUUGAACUUCGAUGAUUGUUUGAGCAUUCUCUCCUGUAAAGAGUUCAAUCUAAAUAUUUUAAAACAUUGUAUAAUGUUAGGGACAAAACUUAGUAUUGAGAGGUGCCAAAAACUAGAAUUCGGUAAAGCACAAAUUGAGAAAGACUUUAAUUUCGAUGCAAGCCCUUUGUACGUUGCCGCCAAACAGUGUUUACUAGAGCAUAUUCGUUAUCUUUGCGAGCUUACGCCGAAGCCGCAUCAGAUUUACAACCCAGAAGUAGACAACACUAGCGGAAAGGAGUUGAAAUAUGCGGCUAGAUUUCAUGAGCUAUUGAGCGAUACUCUUUACUGGAAGAUCCUUUUUAUGAUAAUCCCAACGGUUAAAAUUUACAUGAAGACAUUGCCGAAACUGGCCAAAUACAAUGUGACGAAGAUCGAUGUCAAAUUCGAGGAAGACAUCGCCAAAUUUUCCAUGCUGUGUCUUGAAUUGGCGCAUUGGAUGAUCCACUCCGACAAAACAAAUGUCAGAAAAUUGAGGUCACACGAUAUGGAUCUUGCGUUGAGUUGCGCAGCGGAAAUUCUGAGACACGUUGCACCGAGUAAAAUUUUUGGUGACAGCACUCGUUACACGUGGGUAUGUUCCGCGGCAAUCUCCUUGACGAAAGUCGUUGAGAGUAUAUUAACGACGAUAGAUCCUUUACCAGUCAUAGAUUCACAAGCAUUAGAGCCAGCUCUGCAAAACGAGAACACUAAGGAUUACGCACGAGCGUGUAUUCAAAUGGCGUCGAUAGUAGCUUGGCUGGAAAAAUGUCAAACGGAAGGUUCCACGAAAAACAUUCCACCGUACUUAUUCGAUACGAUAAAGUCACUUGUUGUCAGCGUGAGUCGACAACCGUUAGUAAACUCUUACAUUUUGACACCCCCAUUAGUGUGGCAACGUGACUGGCACGUCGUUGGUUCGAGUUCAACCAAGUGUUACUUUCCACUGUUAUCGUCGGAGUCUAAUCUUCUGCAGGAAGUAGAUAUUUUGAAUCAGUUUAUUUAUCGAGUAAACUUACUAGGUUGGACGUCCAGGUCGCAAUUCGAAGAGAUUUGGAUGGCAUUUCUGAGCGUUCUUAAUUUCCUACAAAAUGAGAACACUCCGUCAGAAGAAGUAGCAUCCUUGAUUCAAGCUAGCAGCUUAACGAUUCAAGCAAUAACGAAAUUAUUAUUACAAACUCUUCUGUUGCCAUGUCCUGGCAAUCCUGAAGCCAGCACUUUGAUCCACCACCCCAGAGAUCCUCAACUUUCCGUGCAUAAAAUUAGCUCCCAGAAGCUCUUUGCGAUUCAAGAGUUACUUUUGUGGAAGUACGAGUACAUGAAUGACAUGGAAAAUAAAAACGGAUUGAAAUUGGACCACAUUUUUCACAGAGGGAAUGUAGAAAGAACUGCGGCUGCUGACAAAUUCACAUACAGCCAACUGUCGGUCUCUUACUUAUGGUCACUGUGCAAUUUAUACGAAGAUAAAUUGAACGUGUCUGUUCUUGAUUUGAAAAACAGACGAAACGACGCAUUAAUGUCUGCGUCGCUUGAUUUGGACUCAUGUCUGCGUUUUCUCAUCGAACAUUACACUAGUUGGUUUUCACCACAGGCUAACACGCCUGUACAGUUGCUAACGGAGAUUAUCAAAUCCAUUUUGGCAAUUUCGGAACUCUUUCUUGAACGGUCACAAUACCAAUGGAUGUUGGACAUAUGUUUGGAAGUAUCGAAGGUUCAUCCAGUGGAAAAUGCGAUCCUACACCAAUACUUGGCUGUUUCGAUAUGUAAAGCUGCUGCCGUUUUAACGCCAUUGGACUUUGAUACUUUGGACAAAGUGAAACGUAUAGUGGAUAUCAAUUUAAAGUCAGGAUUUUUGCCUGCUAGAGUUUCCGCACUUCAUGGUUCUCUGUAUUUACUGCAAAGCGCGGUAUUGGCCAAAUGUGAGGAAACAAUGAAUAUCAUACAUCCGCUAGCUAUUGAAUACAUUCAGAAACAUAUUGAUCCACAAAAUUCAAACGGCAUUCUCAGUCAGAGUGAAGAACAUCAAGGAAUAAUGUGGGCUCUGGUAUUCUUUCUAUUGGAACAUGCGGAAGACACUCCACCGGACACGGAGGCACCGGCUGUGUUAGAAUUAGUCCUUUCUCUAAUCAUGUUUCCGAAUAUUUCGUAUGGCCUGCACCAGACCUUAUUACAGGGUCUUGAGAGGCUCGUCGCGACGAAAAGCGUAAUCGGAAAAGUUGCUGAGCAAAUUGUUAAAGUUGCGAUAGAUCGGCUAAAACAACCGAGCCCGUUGCUAGCGCUGCCAGCUCUGCAACUUCUACUGACAUGUAUGUACACGGAAGCGGCCGAUCGACUGAAUCAACCCGGCGCGGAGAAACCUUUGCCGGACGUAGAGCCAGAAGCAUUAGUCAGAUCCAUAGAACGUACUUCCGCGAUAUUCGAUAAAAUUCGGAAAGGACAUCCUAUGGAAGUGGAAAUAUUAUGUACUGUGCUCUCCGGUGUCCUUGGAGAUUUUUUCCCACCAUCGGAAAUCUUAACGAAAGUCGUAGGAGAAUUUCUGUCGCCGCAUCAACCACAUCAGAGGUUACUUUCUGCUGUUGUUUUUAAGGUUUGUGAGAAAGCGUGCAAUAGCACAGAAAUGGAGCUUCUUCAGGACUGGGUAGUCUUCAGUCUACCGAAUUUUAUCCAAAGUUUGCCAAUAGCAAUGUCGACUUGGUGUUUGUCUUGUUUCUUCAUUAGUGCGUCAACGAAUCAUUGGUUGAGAGCGUUGUUUCCAUACGUUCAAUCGAGAAUUGGCAAGUAUGAAUAUGAAGACAAAAAGAUGUUGUGUAUAGCUGCUUCAGAUUUUUAUCAUAAGCUAUCUAAAGAAUCUCAAAGAAAAGCGUUUGUUAAGACAUUCGAAGUAGCAGCAAAGGAACCUGGGACCCCAUUCAGUGACAUUCUAGCCUCUUUUUAAUUAAUAUUUGACUAUAGCUGUAAAAAGUCGACUAUAAAAUAAGAAUUCUAUAGAAGUAUGUAGCUUUUAAUUUUCAAACUGUAAAAAUCGAUGUACAAUCACUCGCGAACUGGCGAGUUGCGUGCACAUAUGUACAUUUGUACGUAUGAGAAUAUUUAUUUUACAUCAUAUCCCUUUGCAGACACAUACAUGAACACGCAUACAACAUACACACAAACACACACACACACACAUUGAGUGUGUGCGCUCGUACGCGCAAACACAAAAGAGAUAUGCAACUUGUUUUGCAAUAAACAGUAUUUUCUAAAUAAAA